ACCUGGAAGAACACUCUGGACCGGUACCCCGACACGCUGCUGGGCUCCUCUGAGAAGGAGUUCUUCUACAACGAGGACCUGCAGGAGUACUUCUUCGACAGAGACCCUGAGAUGUUCCGACACAUCCUCAACUUCUACCGCACCGGGAAGCUGCACUACCCCCGCCUGGAGUGUGUGCAGGCCUUCGAUGAGGAGCUGGCCUUCUACGGCAUCGUACCUGAGAUCAUCGGAGACUGCUGCAUGGAG